CUGCCAAUCAAAGCAGACAUCCUCUCCUCAGGCUGUGGCUACGAAACAUCUCAGUUGCUGUGUGGAGAGAUUUGACGGAGGGAUCCUCCUGUACAUGGACCAUCGCGGCCGCCCGCUCACACACAACACGCAUGUAACGCAUCGCUGAAGCCUCGGACGUACGCGCUGGACUAAACACGCAUGUAAAUAUUUCCUCUUUGCAUGUCAGGAGGGGAGGACCGAGUCGCCGGGUCCGCGGCUGAUUGUCUUUUCUUAUCGUUUGCCCCCCCUCCUAUGUCACUCUAAUUAAUCGGAGGCAUGUGGAAUCGCACCAGGAUUAGGAAUUGCCUCUCAAUAGUGUGUCUGCUGUUGACGUUAUGGCCCAAGGUGGCCCAGUCGACCGGCUAUUUCGAGCUGCAGCUGAUCUCCGUGGAGAACGUAAACGGCGAGCUGGCGGACGGGGAGUGCUGCGACGGCUCCCGGAGCUCCGCGGACCUGCGCUGCACUCGAGACGAGUGCGACACUUACUUCAAAGUGUGCCUGAAGGAGUUCCAGACGGUCACCACCCCCGGCCAGUGCACGUUCGGAGCUGGAUCUACGCGCGUUCUCGGUGGAAAUACGUUUUCUUUCAGGGGCGCAAAGAACAACCCCAAUAAAAUCGACGAUGCUGGGAAGAUUUUGAUCCCCUUCCAGUUCGCCUGGCCGCGGGGGUACACAUUGAUCGUAGAGGCCUGGGACUGGGACAAUGACACGCGGAACUUCGAGGAGGAGCUGCUCAUCGAGCGCGGCGUUCACACCGGCACGAUCAACCCCGGGGACCCCUGGCAGACCAUCCCGCACGACGGGCCGGUGGCUCGCCUCAUGUACCGCAUCCGCGUGCGCUGCGACGAGAACUACUUCGGCAACAAGUGCAACAAGCUGUGCGUCCCCCGGGACGACUACUUCGGCCACUACCGCUGUGAACCCUCGGGGACGCAGGUCUGCCUGGACGGAUGGAUGGGCCCGGACUGCCGGACAGCAAUCUGCAAACAAGGCUGCAACCUGUUACAUGGAGGCUGCUCUGUCCCUGGUGAAUGCAGAUGUAACUACGGCUGGCAGGGCCAGUUCUGCGAUGACUGUGUGCUCUAUCCGGGAUGCGUCCACGGGACCUGCAAGGCCCCCUGGCAGUGCAACUGUGAGAGGAACUGGGGUGGCCUGCUGUGUGAUAAAGAUCUGAAUUACUGCGGCCGCCACCAGCCCUGCGUCAACGGCGGCACCUGCAUGAACACGGAGCCCGACGAGUACGACUGCGCCUGUCCGCUGGGAUACUCCGGAAAGACCUGCCACAUAGCUGAGCACGCCUGUGUCUCCAGCCCCUGCGCCAACGGUGGUACAUGCCACGAGCUUUCUGCAGGGUUCGAGUGCCAGUGUCCUCCAGGCUGGGAGGGUCCGACCUGCGCCAACAAUUUGGACGAGUGUGCGUCCAGCCCUUGCGCUCAUGGCGGCACCUGCAUUGACCUGGAGGAUGGCUUCGAGUGUGUGUGCCCCCCUCAGUGGGAGGGAAAAACCUGCCAGAUAGAUGCAAAUGAGUGUGCAACACAGCCCUGUGUGAACGCUCACUCUUGCAAAAAUUUGAUUGGUGGAUAUCACUGCGACUGUUUUCGGGGAUGGUCCGGACAAAACUGUGACAUCAAUAUCAGCGGCUGCCACGGUCACUGCAAGAAUGGAGCAACAUGCAAGGGAGGCCCGCGGGGUUACCACUGCCUGUGUCCUGCCGGCUUCUCGGGCACCCACUGUGAAAUCCAGAGGAAUAAAUGCGACAGCGGGCCGUGCCUGAACGGAGGACAGUGCCACUCUGUGCUGGACAGCUUUGUGUGUGAAUGCCCACCGGAGUUUGCCGGACAGCUGUGCGAGAUUGCGAGCUGGUUGCCGUCAGAUGCUUGUGAUCCGAACCCUUGUGAGAACGAGGCCACGUGCCACAGCAUGGAGCAGGACUUCUACUGUGCAUGUCCCGAAGGCUACAAGGGGAAGACAUGUGAGCGAGUCAAAGAAAACUGCCUGACCACCCCGUGUCAAGUGAUUGACAGCUGCACCAUCGCCGUGGCAACCAACGACUCGGCUGGCGUGCAGCACAUUUCCUCCAACGUCUGCGGACCGAGAGGACGCUGCAUCAGCCAACCGACGGGCAACUUCACCUGCACCUGCGACCCAGGAUUCAGCGGCAUCUACUGUCAUGAGAAUAUCAACGACUGCGUCAGCACCCCCUGUAAAAAUGGAGGGACCUGCAUCGACGGCGUGAACUCCUUUCAGUGCUUCUGUCCGGACGGUUGGGAGGGUCGAGUCUGCGACCUCAAUGUCAACGAGUGCGGACAUAACCCCUGUAAGAACGGCGGGCGCUGCGUCGACCUGGUGAACGACUUCUACUGCGAGUGCGCCGAUAACUGGAAGGGCAAGACCUGCCAUUCCCGUGAGAGCCAGUGUGAUGAAACCACCUGCAGUAAUGGAGGCACCUGCUACGACCACGGAGACGCUUUCCGCUGCGCCUGCCCGCCUGACUGGGAAGGCAACACCUGCAACACAGCCAAGAACAGCACAUGCGCCUCCAGCCCUUGUUCCAACGGCGGGACGUGUGUGGGAGGAGGAGACACCUUCACAUGCAUCUGCAAAGAGGGCUGGGAGGGCCCCACUUGUGAACAAAACACCAAUGACUGCAACCCUCAUCCGUGCUACAACGGCGGGAUCUGUGUGGACGGAGUCAACUGGUUUCGGUGCGAGUGCGCUCCAGGGUUCGCUGGACCGGACUGCAGAAUCAACAUUAAUGAGUGCCAGUCUUCACCCUGUGCCUACGGAGCGACCUGUGUGGACGAGAUUAACGGUUACCGGUGCAUCUGUCCACUCGGUAGAACGGGAACCCGAUGCCAAGAGUUCAUCGGGAUCGGGAAGGCUUGCCACUACGCUGGGCUGCAGUUUCCACACGGCAGCCGCUGGGAGGAGGAGUGCAACAGCUGCCAUUGCAUCAAUGGCAAAGUGGGCUGCACAAAGGUGCUGUGCGGUCGCCGCCCCUGCCAGCUUCAGCCCUCGGGACAGGACCUGAAACAGCAGGCCUGCCCGGCUGGACGCGAGUGCCUGGAGCACAGCUACUUCACCUGCUUCUCCCCGCCCUGCCAUCAGUGGGGGGUUUGUUCCAUGGCCGGCCCUUCAGCGCCACAAGCAGCCACCAAGUGCCAGCCGAACAGCAGCCACUUGGACAACAGCUGCGGCCGCAUAACACUUGUCUUCAACCGAGAGAAAGUACCAGCGGGAACAACGGUGGAAAAUAUCUGCUUUGAGCUCAGGUAUCUUCAGGACACUCGAAGCUUGGCGAAAGAUCACGAACUCCUCCUGCUCUGUGACCUCUCUCAUACAAAUCCCGAUGCUGUAGAGGUGGCUAUAUCCUUCCGUCCGGAGGAUCUGCCGGACCACAGCCUGGUCCAGGAGACCGCCAGCGCCAUCGUGGGCACCUUGUCAAAGAGACACAACAGCACCAUAAUGCUGGCGGUCAUCGAGGUCAAAGUGGAGACGCAGGUCAUGCCUCCGUCAGUGGAUUACCUUGUGCCUCUGCUGUGUGUGGUCUUCUGCUUGCUCUGCCUCUUCUGUAUAAUCGUGUGCGUUUGGUGGACGCGCAAACGGAGAAAAGAGCGCGAGAGAUCCGCGCAGUCGGCCGCCGACGACAGCGUGAACAACCAGUGGGAGCCGCUGCGGCUCGUCGUGGGAUCCGCCCAGCAGCAGCAGCAGCUGAAAGAAAGCAACCGGGAGGCCGAGCAGGAGCGCAAGAAGCUCAUGGGCCCCUCCUAUCGGACGUGUGAUGAAGGGGAGGAGGAGACGGAGACGGAAGGCGAGCUCGAGCUCGAGGAGGAGUGCGGCGGCGUGGAGGCGGGAAAGCAGCUAGUUUAUAAGUACUCUAAGACUGCGGUGCAGUCCAGUGGAGUGAUCUGCACCCUGCACAGCUCCAGCCCACCCCUCAAGGCACCCCACCGGACCCCAAGCUACAGCCCCAAAGACAACCGCUGGAAAAAUGUCAGUGCCGUCUUGACUGGUCAGAAAGGCCUCAGAGACCAUUGUGUAUAAGAAAUUUAAACAAAAGGACACACAAUGUGGAAGCGAGAGAAGCUGCAAGGCAGCAACUAUUCUUAGUUUUUGGACUACUUUUGGAGAGAGAAAAAAAAAAAACGGCUUUGCGUUUUAAAAAGCCAUUCUUUGCUUUGUUUCCAUGUUUUUGUCACUGUCGCCUGAAAUGAUUUUGGAUUCAGGAGACGAGAGCACAGUGAUUUUUUUUUUCUUUUUUUUUUGCUUCUAUUAUUUUAUUUUUCUUUGUGUACAGAAGGAGCUGAACUGUAACAAUGUUUCAAGAGGCAAAAGGAGCUCUCUGCAAUUUUCGUUGUUGAAAUGAUACAAUUUAAAGAAAUGGUGAAUCGAGAACAACUUGUAUAAAGAUUUGUUUGUUUACAGAUAACUAUGACUUUUGUUAACUUGUCCGUGGACUUUUUGUUCAGCGUCUGUGGGGGCAUAUACCAUUAAAGGGACGGUGAAGGAAGGGUUUGAGGGGAAAAUAAACUGUUGCGUCGAGAGUAACAGAAGGAAAACCCUCACUUUCGCUGUGUCUCCUUCCAGCUUUGCCCACUUAUCCACCUGUGGCCAUCAUUCGCCAGCCUUACCAAAACACUUGGCCUGGAGGGGAGAGGGGACAGAAACCCCAGUGCCUACUAUGUGGCCUUGCAUUUUCUUCUCCUGUUUCUCAGUUGUCUUGGCUGAAAACUCUUGUUUGAGGAUUGUUUGCAGUAUUUCAGUUGGUAGCAAGUGCCUUUCUAAGAGCUGUGUUCACACUCCGAGUCGCGCUGCCCAGUUUGACCUCCUUGUUCUCAGAUCUCAAAGGGAUAUGUGUACAUUUAGAGUUAAAUUUCACAGCAACGCCAUUCAAGGUAUUUGAUCAAAACAGAAAUGAAUACUCUGUACAUACAUGUAAAUACUAAAGGAGUCGCUGUGUAUAUUUGAAAUAAGUAACUUAAAGACAAGUCACACAUUUUUAUUAUUAUUAUUACUAUUAUUAUUUUUAUUUUUUUUUUUACAAGGCCAUUCCUUUUAUUUAUGCCAGUCGAAAUAGGCAGGUUUUAUAACACUUAAUAUCCAGAGUCCCACAGUUAAGAACCUUUACUAUGAGGUACCACCAAUGAAGGAAUUUCUGAAGGGUUUACAAAUGGUUUGUUUUUGUUUUUUUGUGAUAAAACAGCUGUAACUAUAUUAGUCUUUAGUUAAAAUCUCUUAUUUUCAAUGACAGCUGUUACAGGACCAAGACCUCUACAUUUUUUUUGUUUUUCUGCAUAUUUACAUCUGGUCCCCAUAUUGAGCACAUCACACAUUACUCUUUAUUUUUUUUUAACCAAAGUUGCUCGAAUGUAAACUAAAAAUCGCUGGUCAAGAGCUUGACAGUAGAAAUCAUGACCUCCAGACAUUUUUUUGAGACAAAUAAACCCCUAAUACUGUAUAUCAGGCAUAUACAUCUGUCUUCUACUACUUUCUCUUCACAAAGCAGGAAUAAUGUAAUGGUUUUAUCCAAUACAGAAGUCAAGUGUGUCCUCUAGUGCAGAAUCAAACCGGUGGCCGCACUUCCAAUCAUGUCCCUGUUCUUGUUUUGGUUUUUUUUUCCUCCUCGCCUCAUUGAGAACCAAUGGAGACUGCCUACCGAGACAUGAAACAGUUGUGGCCAGAAACACAACUUGUAGUUUUAAGUUCCUUCUUGAUCCAGAAUUGGUUAAAAAUAUUCAGCGGUAGCUUUUUUUUUUUUUUUUUUGUUUGCGUUUUGUUUCAAAGCUGCCAACAUUACAGCCUUAAAAGUUUUUCAAACCAUUUCUAAACCCGUCACUAAACCUUUUAUUUCAGGUGCCUUCAUGUAACGAGUAAUGCAUUAUUUGUGUUGUCAUGGUCAUCUUUUUAUGUUGGUUUGUUUUCACUAAUAAGGAAAGUAACUCUUUAAAACAUUGUGUGGUGUAUUGCGGUGUGGUUUAUUCACCCGAGUAAAGCACGCUCCUUGUCUCACUUUGCUAUCAUGGAGAUUUCUGGAAUAAAACACGGACAGAGGGUUUAAACAAAAAAAGAAAAAAAAAAAGAAUAAAACAAUCCA